AUGUCCAGCUCCGACGCACAAACAUUCAUUGCCGGCGUUAAGGUCUCCUUCAAGGAUGUCCCCACAACUCCCGGUGUAGACACCGUCAGCUUCCUUGGAGCUUCCGAGUCCCUGGUUGGACUCUUCGAUAUCCUAGGUUCGACCUCCUUCGGCCCUGUCAAGUCGGAUUUGAAUGGAAACAUUACCAAACUCCAAAAGCGUUACGACGCCGCAAAGGAGAAAUCCGGAACUCUCCAGGAACUCGUUCUUGCAGAGCGGGCCGAGAAGAAGAAGGACGCUACUGAAGGUCUCGUUUGGUUGCUCAGAGGUCUUGACUUCACUGCCAGAGGUAUCCGUCACAACCUCGAUAACCCAACUGAAGAACUCGCUACUUCUUUCCAACACGCCUACGAUGGGACUCUUAAGCAAUACCACAACUUCGUGGUUAAGGGAAUCUUCAGCGUUGCUAUGAAGGCUACCCCAUACCGCAAGGAUUUCUACCCCAAGGUUGGAGACGAGGCAAGUAUCAAGGAGUGGCUUGAGGCCCUUGAGAAGAAUGUCACCAUCCUUCAAAAAUUCUACGAUGACACCCCAGAAGCCAAGUUCUAG